AUGGGCUCAGCACGGGCUUGUGCACUAUUUCAAGCGCAUGAAAGCGGUCAUCAACAAAAAAAUCUUACAUUCGCGUUCGUCGGAUGGCUCAACCUCAAUGGUAAUUUACCUCUUCUUCCGAAGUCAAUAAAAAAUCUCAUUGAUGUUGUGUUAUAA